UCCUGUCUUGCCUUCCUCUCGCCACCCUCUCCUCUUCAUCUCCUUCCCAAAUCUCUCUCUCUCUCUCUCUCUCUCUCUCUCGCGAAGAUGAUGCAUAUGACCUUCUACUGGGGGAGGAAAGUAACUCUCCUGGUCGAUUCGUGGAAGACCGAUUCCUGGCCGAGUUACCUUCUCACUCUCCUCGCCCUCUUCCUUUUCUCCGCCUUCUACCAGUACAUGGAAAACCGACGGCUCAGAUUCAAGAUCCUCUCUUCCUCCUCCUCCAAGCCCGCGCCAUCAUCAUCCCCACCGUCCAUCACCACCCCCCUCCUCUACCACACCAAGAACCCUGCUCGAGUCGCCUCUGCCAUCCUCUUCGGUAUCAAUUCCGCCCUCGGAUACCUCCUCAUGCUCGCGAUCAUGUCCUUCAACGGUGGAGUCUUCAUCGCCGUCGUCGUCGGCCUCGCUGUGGGGUAUCUCAUCUUUCGGGGCAGCGAUGAGGAUCUGAUCGUCGUCGAGAAUCCCUGCGCCUGCGCCUGAGAUCCGACGGCUGGGAUCUGAUGGUUGGAUGCCGCGACGGUUAGAGAUCUGACCGUUGAACUCUCUCUCUCUGUCUCUGUUCCUGUCUUUUAAAUUAGGGUUUCUUUUAAAAGAAAAUAUAGUGUGCGUUUGCUUUUAUGUAUGAAUUUCUGAAAUUGUUUGUAUUUUUAAAUAUGCAUAUUUAAAUGAAUGAUUUCUAUGUAUUUCUUGAUCUGAA